ACUGCGCACAGAAACUGUGCCAGUUAUAUAACAAUCUUUCAUGAGUAAGAACGGGGUGGGGAGGUAAGACCUUUUUGAAUUCUUCAUAAGAUUGCUCCAUUGAACUGGAAUCUGCUUCUUCUUGCUGCUCUGACUCGGCCACAGGCGACUGAAAGUGAGCGGAUCAAAGGCGGGGCAGCCGGAAAUGCGUUGGAGGAAAUGUGAUCCGACCAAGUGGACCAAUCACAGUUGUUGCGAUUUUGGAAUUGACGUGUGGAUCCCGAUCUUGAUUUGCUUGGCCGAUUCCAUUGGAAGAGGUGGACGGAGGAUACAGUUUUGGGACUAGCGUGAGCCUGGAUGCGGACCGUGCGAAUGGGACAAGCUGGAUUUCACAGAGGGCCUGCUCAGGAGAGGGAGUGAGGAUGGACAGCCUUUCGGAGUUUGGGAGCCUCUGUCCUUCCAGCCGCACAGAGUGGGACACCAGUAGCUGUGUGGAUGACUUGCUGGAUGAAGAUGAGAAAGACAGGGCAAAAAGGGCAUCACGUAAUAAGUCUGAAAAGAAGCGACGAGACCAGUUCAAUGUCCUUAUUAAGGAGCUGUGCACCAUGCUGCAGGGACAGGGCUAUCCCCGCAAGAUGGACAAGUCCACCAUAUUGCAAAGGACCAUCGACUUCCUGCAGAAACACAGAGAAAUCUCAGCACAGACAGAGUUGUGUGAGAUCCAGCAGGACUGGAAACCUUCGUUCCUCUGCAAUGAGGAGUUCACCCAGCUGAUGCUGGAGGCUUUAGAUGGUUUCCUCAUAGCACUUACAACAGACGGAAACAUAAUAUAUGUGUCUGAUAGCGUUUCUUCACUCAUUGGCCAUUUGCCGUCAGAUAUGGUGGACCAAAAUAUUUUGAACUUUCUCCCUGAACGUGAGCACGGGGAUGUCUACAAGCUGUUAUCGUCUCACAUGCUGAUGACCGACCCCAUUACUGCCGACUUCCUAAAGAAUGAGACGCACAUUGAGUUCUGCUGUCAUUUAGCCCGAGGAAACAUUGACCCAAAGGAACCUGCUACAUAUGAAUAUGUCAAAUUUGUGGGAGAUUUCAAGUUUCAUAACAAUGUGCCUACGUCCUCCUGUAAUGGCUUUGAAUUGGCAUUACCAAGGACGCUCCAGUCAUCUCUAGAAGAACAAGUCUGCCUUGUUGCUACUGUCAGACUUGUCACUCCACAGUUUCUGAAGGAUCUGUGCAAUGUGGAAGAUCCUUGUGAUGAAUUUACAUCCAGACAUAGUCUGGAAUGGAAGUUCCUUUUCUUAGAUCACAGAGCUUCGCCCAUUAUAGGCUACUUGCCCUUCGAAGUUCUGGGAACCUCUGGCUACGAUUACUAUCAUGUGGAUGAUCUGGAACUCAUAGCACAGUGUCAUAAACAAUUAAUGCAGUUCGGGAAAGGAAAGUCCUGCUACUACCGCUUUCUGACCAAAGGCCAGCAGUGGAUUUGGCUGCAGACGCAUUACUACAUCACCUACCACCAGUGGAACUCCAAGCCCGAGUUCAUCGUGUGCACUCACACCGUCGUAAGUUAUGCUAAUGUGCGAGCAGAGAGGAGAAGAGAGCUCGAUCUGGAAGAGACGCUGCCUGAAUUGGCCUCCUCAUCCGUGAAGGGUCAUGAAGUGUACGCUGAAAUUGCUCCACCCCCGGAGGGGCCCAGGGAUCGAGUGAGCGGGACGCGAUCCGUGUCCUCGCACAGCUCUCGAAAAUCCUCCCACACGGACUCUGCAUCAAAUUCCUCAGUUCGGUACACAGAGGCAAGCACCCCAUCCCGCCAGUCUGCUGCCAUUAGGCCGGAGAAGGCUGCGUCCAGGAUCCAGCCUAGUAGCUCGAAGGCGUUGGUGCAGAGGCAAAACUCUUCUGACCUCCUCCCCCAGCCAAGCAUCCCCCCUUCCCCUACCUGCAGUCAACACUCCACCAUGCCGCCGGUGUACCAGUUCCAGCAACCGCAGCUGGGCGUGAUGCACCAGCUGAAGAAGCAGCUGGAGGAGAGGACACGCAUUCUGCAGGACGACAUCAUGACCCAGCAGCAGGAGCUGCAUGACAUCCGGGAGCAGCUUCAGUUGGUCAACAGCUCCAACAUUCAGAUGUUGCUUCAGCCUUCUGUUCCUAUGGGCUUCAGUCCGGUCCAGCAGCAACAGCAGCAGCAACAACAGCCGCAACAGCAGCAGCAGCAGCAACAACAACAAGGCCCAGGCAGACCAGCCCAGCAGUCUCAUUCAGGGGUCAUCAGGCAGUCAUCCCAGCAGACCCUAUGUGGUUCUCAUAAUUCCUCACCCCACUCGCUCCUGAGAGAGGCCAGCUCCUCAUCCCCACAGGUGCUGCAGCGAUCUAUACGGACCUCGGCGAUGCAGACAGUGAGCCUUCCAGUACAGACCCACACCAGUCUGACAAUGCCUCUCUACAGCAACCCCAUGAUGUUUUCCCAAACCAGCGCACGCCCCCUGCAAAUGCCCAUGUCCCAGGACAUCAGCCAAAGACAUUCAAAUGCAGACUUCAGCCAAGAGGGACAACUACGAAGCUCAGUUCCUCAAAUGACUAGUCAUUUUUCCUGCACCGGCAGCAUGUUGCUCAACCAGCCAAUGCAGACCCUGAUAGCAGACAGCAAUGGAAGUUCCCAGACCUCCCAGUGCAAUACAGGCUUGCAGCAAACCAAAUAUGCCCUGGAGCAGCAGCUGGUCACCCCUUCGCUGCCUGUGCAACAGGUCAACUGCAACGCCGUCAUCGUGCCCUCGCCCGUCUUCAGCUCCCCCAUCAUGAUCCCCCACAACACCUUCAUCCCCCAGCAAGCACAGGCCGCCUACGCCUCGCAGCCCCAAGCUGCCCAGCACUCUCUGCAGCUGCAGCAGCCCCAGCAGUUCUUUCAGAUGCAGCCCCAGGGACUCAUACACGGAGGACAGACCCAGACUCUCUUUCAGGCCACCCACAUCCCGCAGCAAAGCACUAUGGGAUACAUUCACCAGCAGCCGCAGCAGCAGCAACAGCAGCACCGUCACUCUCAAAACCAGACUGGCAGCAUCUCAGACUUCCGGAACAUGCUAACACGGUAGCCCCGGGGGAGCAGACCAGGGGGCAUUGUCCUCUUGUAACUGUGGUUCUGUGGCCAGAUGCAAAGGUGUACAUGGGCAGAGUGUGUUCACGCCAUGCAGCACCAGUGGGUGUCAAGCGGGCAUCGAGCGAAAGCCAACUGACCUCUCACGGCAAUUCCAGAGAUAGGAGGCUCUGACUGAGGUGGCCUUUCUCUAGAAGUUUCUGCCUUUCGUGUGGACUCAGUUCUAUUUUUGUGCUUUACACAAGUGUGGAUGGAUCGUGGGCAGAGGCUGCCUUGGACCAGUGGAAGCUCGACGUGCUGCCCACAGAGUCUGAACAGAAGCACUUAUGUGCUACGAUGAGUUCACCUCCAUCCCUGUGAUAGGGCCACUUUGAUCGAGUCUCACGCUCUACGUGGCUUCAUACAAGACAAAAAUGAAUCCAAGGGGAAAUCUGCACUGUACUGUACCUUUUGCAGGUAUCUGCUAGUGAUCGGCGCUUUAGAAGGUGAUUGAGUUUUGUCAUUAGCUAUUGUACUGUAAUGUUACAGACGUUUUACAAUAUGUCAUGUAAUUGCCACAGUUUGGAAAAAAGGUGCACAUCAUUUCACAAAAAUAGUGUCAGUCUUGGACUAUCACACCGGAUCGCUGUUGCUUUGUGCCAGACAUCACCGCUCGGUUUGGUAAAGAAGGACAGCUAAUGAAGCACUCUAUGAAACUAAAAAGUAAAUAUUAAAACAAGAGAAGACUAUCCCCUCUCUUACAGUAUUAAGUGAAUGCAGUAUUUAACCAUCUAACAGUCUUGAUAUUGGGCGACCAACUUAUCUAAGUGCAAUGGCUCAUUUUUCUCUUAAUUUCUAUCCAUUUUCUAUUCUAGCUUUAAAAACAAAAAUCCAGAUGGAAACAUUGAUUAUGUAAUAGGAAAGGGCUUAAAAUAUGAAAACAUUUCAGCUUGGGCAGUUAUGCCAUUAGGCCAUAACAUCCUACUGCUGGACAAUUCUGUUUCCCCAGGGAACUCUGCUGCAAGGGUUCACUGUCAAAACCAUAAAACAGAAAUGAGAUGCGACUCUUUCAAACCUUUGCAUCUGCACCUCUGCAAAAAAAAUGUAUACAAAUGCUUUACGUUGUUAAUUUGUCAAAAAUGAAUCAUUUGUUUGCAUGAAUCUGCUGUAAUUUUUGUUCCAUUAAGGCAUGGAUGACAGUGAUAUCAUAAUGCAAGUGUACAUCAGCUCCCAACAACAAACUACAAAAGACGUGCAGUGAUGCAUGGUUCAGAUGGCUUAACUCACUCUAAUAUAUAAUAAGGGUUCAGCAUGAUGAGGAAUUGUGUAUUGUGGGUGUCAUACAAUGAUUACAUUUACCUUUUCUCAGGUUAUUUGUGGAAACAAAGUUCUCAGUAUUACAUGACAGAAUUUUUAAAAUUUUGUUUUUAUUAAUUUGCUGAUUACUUUUAUCUUGCGUUAUCUUGCGUCUUUUUGCAGGUCACAUAAGAGUUUGUGACCUGCAACAGUGGAGGGGUUUUCAGAUUUCCAUGGCCUAUUAUUUACAUCCUCAAGUCAUACUGACCAUUUUAAAUGUGUCCCAUUUGGUGUCCAUUUAUAUAUAGUGAAGAAUGUAAUGCAGAAGAAAAACAACUAAACAAUUUAAAUAACAAUAGCCUUUUUAACACCAUGCACUGUAUGUUGCAUUAUUCAUUGUAAUACCUUUUCUCUUUGUAAAAAAUAUGCAGUUAUAAUAUUUUUCAUACAGGAUUUUAUUGCAAUGUUGAAUAUAUCUGAAGUGACUUGAACAGAUAAUAAUCCAUUAAACUUGAAAUGCCCCUCCUUUUCAUAUGACCAUCUGAUGCUGUCUGUCUUUCAUUUUGAUCUGUAAUUGAACUGCUACCUUGAAAACUAAAGGACUAAGAUCAGAUUCACUUAUUUUUUUAAAGAAGAUUUGCUUAUUUUCUUAAGUUAUAGUACAAAUGAAAAGUUAUAGUACAAAUGAAUACUAAUUGCUUCUUUUGUACAUUGUUCUUGACACGGGAGAGGUUACACUUCAUCCAUAGAGUUUUAGGUGUAAAAGUCAGUUUUGAAGUACCACUCUUGAUUCGGAGAUUGCCGAGAUUCGAAAGUGAAUGUCAUUUUUGGGUUGGCUUUUAAACCCGUGCUAUAAGCGGGCAAUCUUUCACACUUUGCUGUCGUCUGGUUUUCUGCACAGCCUGUCUCUGUCUCUGAGAUCCGUGACUUCAAAGUGGACAUUGAAUGACUGUCCUACCCACUACCCAUUCAGUUUUCACUGUCAUGUUCCUGCCUGACGCUGUUUGUGUUGAGAUGUACUAGGGUUGAAGCCGAAAGUUGUCAAAGACCUCUACACAGUUUCACCCAUUACUGUGUGCAAUGUUGUUUGAAACAAGAAUGUUUUAAUUUAUACUUUUUAAAUGAUGUCUUUUGAGAGAUAUGUCUUGAUGUAUAAAAGAGAAAUAUUUAAUAGCAUAAACCAGGUACUGUGUAAAUGAGAUUGAAAUAUUUUUGUACAAAAAUAUCUUAGACAUUCCUUCAACCAUGUAUGUCAGUAGUAAGCAUUCAAAGAGAUGUUUUCCCUCCUGUGUGUUUAGUAUGAGUUACCUACUCUUCAGAAAGCACCUGAUCAAAUUCAGAGUUCGGUGAACACUAGCAAAUUAGAAGGCUGCUAAAUUAAAUUCUGUUUUCUGUCUUAGUCUGAUGUAAUUCUAUCAAUAUGUAUCUGUGACAGAUACCACAGAGCUUUCAAUUCGCUGAGCUCGGCUUGCUUUAUCUUGUUUCGUGUCAUAGAAGGUUUUUCAUGCUUUUUCCCCUCAGAUUUUUGCAUGCACCGUCAUUGAUAAUGGGCAGACUUGAAAUUGAUGCUUUUUAUAUUUGAAUACUCAUUGCAGGACCUGCCGCAUGCAUUCUAAACUCACCACAGCUUGUCUUAUCAGGCCAAUAAGUCCUGGUAAAAAGAAAGUGUAUUGCCUAUAUUAACACAAUUUUAUUAAAUGCAGAAAUACACUUCCUGUAUAGGAAAGGCGAUUUUCUCACGAAGCAACGGUAUUGUCCCAGGUGUCACUAAGUUCUCUAACUGCUGGUAUUUAUGUAAAAAAACAAAAAACAAACUAACAAUAAUACUGGAAGCCAUUGCCUGUUUGCUGUGCAUUGCUUCGGUUUUUUCUGGAUUUUCAUUUUAUUACUUUGUAUCUGUUUAUUUUGAUUUCUUUACUAGAUUAAAUGGUACUGAUUUGUUAUUGGUAUUGUAACAAUUGUUUGUCCCUGACUUAUUAUGCACUUUUGUUUUUGGUGUCUCGGGUCCCAUUUAUUGAAUAAUUUCCAUCAAGUGUCACUCCCUAAGGCUUCAACGGUGUGUUGGAUAUACGCAGCUCACAUUUGGGCUGUCCAUUUGUGAGGUGCUGGAUUGUUCUUAAAUUCUUUCAUUCUGGCACAGUGGGAAUGGCACUUGGGCAGAAAAAGAAAUAUUGAUUAAAUGAGGUCCUUUGCAUGUACUGGCUUAAAAUAAGAUUAUUAAAAUGACUGGUACAAACUGGUACAAAACCACAGCCAUUUCUGCCAUCACACAGCAGAAUAAUUUUUGUAGAUAUUGUAUUAUAAAAUGUACAAAAAUUCUUUAGAAUAAAGUCGUUUAUUUUAUAUGAUGUCAAAUAGAUUGAAAUACAUUUAUAAAUGUUCUAUGAUUAAGAGUAAAACAAACAGAUGUAUUUUGUAACAGAAUCAUUAUUGAAGUGUCUUAUUGGGAAAGGUGCAGUCUUUAUAUUCUUGAGUUGCGCAAGUUGGUGUUGCACAGUCAAUUACCUUGUAUGGCUUGUUUCUAUGUACAGAUACCAUCAGAAUAAGCUUUAACAUAUUGUUAUAUUGUUUCAAAAGAAAUAUAAAUAAAUAUAAAAAUAAAAGGUU